UUUUCUCUCUCUACAUCGAGACGCCUUUCUCCGCCUCUCCGGGGAUACGUAAGAGAAGAUUGGCUUGCCACCCCAUCAACACGCGUUGGGUUGGAGAGGAAACACACUUCUCUCCCGAGGAAGGAGUUUUCCCCCUGUUCCCAAUUCCUUUUCCGACGUGUGGGCUUCCCCAGCGCUUAGGAAGACCUACCGGAAGGGGGGAACUCUUCAGCAGAUCCGUCGGCUUGGCUUGCAAACUUUUUUUUCCUUCCAAACCACCUCCUUUUAGCAGCUCCACUCCAGCAUGUAAAAAAAAAAAGGAAGUGCACCGCCGCGGCCGCUUUCUGUUGGGACUUGGCUCCUUGUAUACCCCCAAGGGUUGUGAGGCAAAGAUCCUUCUUUCCUUCAGACAAGGGAUGCUCAUCAGAGAAGUCCUGCUGCUCCUUCAGUGCUGCUGGCCGUCCCUGCUGCUGCAGUGGACCCUCCAUCCUAUCUGGGGCUUCAUUCAGAUCACUCAUGGUGAACCCCAGAAGUCAUGCUCCAAGCCUGUAGCAGAAAAGGUUACAGAUAGUUGCCAACAGAUCUGUCAGUGUAGACCACCUCCCUUACCACCUCCACCACCUCCUCCACCACCACCAAGGUUGCUUGGGGUCUCACCUCCCACUCCUCCCAGUUGUCCUCCUGGAGAGACCUGGUGGCCAGGCCCGGUAAUAAUUAUUGCAGCAUGCUGCACCACACCAGUGCUCCUGUUUCUAGUUUUCAUCAUUUGCUACAAAGCCAUAAAAAGGAAACCACUGAGAAAAGAAGAGAAUGGAACAAGUCAAGCUGAGUAUGCAAUGACCUCCGCCCAGAACAACAAGACAGUUGAGGCUAACAAUGCCGUGGUAUAAUUUCCGAGACCUCCCUUGAGUAGUAAAUAUUAAAAGCACAUGCAGCAUAUGCAAGGUGGGUGAAAUACAGCAACAAAAGGAGCUCUGUGGCCGAAGACUUCAUUUCAGAAAUAGCGCACGCAUCAGUUAAUCCGAGAAGAGAAGCAGAUGACUCCUCUUUGGCUUGCUGAUUGUCACAAAGGGAGGGAUAAAGUUGCCAGUUAGGGCUACUCUGAG